CCCCCGGGCCGGGGUGGCGGUGGCUGCCGAGGCGACGGUUGGCGCGGGGCUGAGCGGGCCGGUGCGGGCGGGGGCGCCCGGCGCGGGAGCCAGCGGCGCGGCCCGGGCGUCGUUUCAAGACACAAUCGGACCGCACCCGCGUUCCAGGAGCGGCGGGCUGGACCAUGCGCCCUGCGCGGGCGGCGCCUGGCGAUGCAGCGGGCUGGCGAGCGGCGGCCCCCGCGCGUGCGCAGUGUGGAGCUGGCGCGGGGCCGCGCGGGCUACGGCUUCUCGCUGUCCGGCCAGGCGCCCUGCGCACUCAGCGGCGUCCUGCGCGGGAGCCCCGCCGACCUCGUCGGCCUGCGUGCUGGAGACCAGAUCCUGGCUGUCAAUGACAUUAACGUGAGAAAAGCGUCUCACGAGGACGUGGUGAAGUUGAUCGGCAAGUGCUCCGGGGUCCUGCACAUGGUGGUCGGCGAGGGCGCGGGCCACCUGGAGUCCUCCAGUGACGAGGAGGGCGCGCUCCAUGAAGGCAGGGGCUGGUUGAAGCCCAGACUCGAUUCUAAAACAUUAGGUAUAAAUCGAGCAGAGAGAGUUGUGGAGGAAAUGCAGUCUGGUGGAAUUUUCAGUAUGAUUUUUGAAAAUCCAAGCCUUUGUAAGGGCAGCUCAGAGCCCUUGAAAUUGAAACAGAGAUCCCUUUCAGAGUCGGCUGCCGGUCGAUGGGAUGUUGGACGUGAAAGUGUAAAUAACCCAAAUCCCCACGUGCUCUCUAAGGCGGAAGUACCCCAAGUUAUUCAUGAUGAUUCCGUUUUCAGUAUUGGACUAGAUAAUCAUGACGAUUUUGGGUUAGACGCCAGUAUCUUAAACGUGGCCAUGGUGGUGGGCUACCUAGGUUCUAUAGAACUUCCUUCCACGUGCUCCAGCCUGGAGUCCGACAGUCUGCAGGCCAUCCGUGGCUGCAUGCGGCGCCUGCGGGCAGAGCAGAAGAUCCAUUCCCUGGUGACCAUGAAGAUCGUGCAGGACUGUGUACAGCUGUGUGCCGACAAGGCCGGGGUGGUGGCCGAGUACCCGGCCGACAAGCUGGCCUUCAGUGCCGUGUGCCCAGACGACAGGCGGUUUUUUGGGCUGGUGACCAUGCAGACCAGCGAUGAUGGGAGCCUGGCCCAGGAGGAGGAAGGUGCCUUGCGGACGUCCUGCCAUGUGUUUAUGGUGGACCCGGACUUAUUUAAUCACAAGAUCCACCAAGGCAUCGCUCGGCGGUUUGGGUUUGAGUGCACAGCCGACCCUGACACCAAUGGCUGUUUGGAGUUCCCUGCAUCCUCUCUCCCUGUCCUGCAGUUCAUCUCCGUCCUCUACCGAGACAUGGGUGAGCUGAUUGAAGGUGUGCGGGCCCGUGCCUUUCUGGAUGGGGACGCUGACGCCCACCAGAACAACAGCACCAGCAGCAACAGUGACAGCGGCAUCGGGAACUUCAACCAGGAGGAGAAGAGCAGUCGGGUGCUGGUGGUUGACCUGGGUGGGAGCUCCAGCAGGCAUGGCCCUGGUAGUAUCACUGUGUGGGAGGGUGCCGGUGGGAGGGCCUCCCAGCCCUGGGGUGCCCCUUGGAAUGGGACCUUCUGCCACGACCCUGAGGGGAGCUCCCCACUUGAGGUCACUCCCCAGACUGACAGAUUCUGGGACUCAAACAAGCACUUAGGACCAGCCUCUCACGUGGAGGUCCCCCCAGCCUCCUUGCGGAGCUCCGUCCCUCCUUCCAAGAGGGCUGCUGCGGGUGUUGGCGGAGGUUUCAACCAGCGGUGGCUCCCAGUCCAUGUGCUCCAGGAGUGGCAGUGUGGCCAUGCCAGUGACCAAGAGUCUUACACAGAUUCCACGGAUGGGUGGUCCAGUGUCAACUGUGGCACGCUGCCCCCUCCUAUGAGCAAGAUCCCAGCGGACCGGUACAGAGUGGAGGGCAGCUUUGCACAACCCCCACUGGGCUCCCAGAAGAGGGACUGGUCCAGGAAAGCGUUUGGAAUGCAAAACAUUUUUGGUCCCCAUCGAAAUGUUCGAAAGACUAAAGAAGACAAAAAGGGGUCCAAAUUUGGACGAGGAAUCGGACUCACUCAAACGUCUCAGCGCCCCUCUACCCGGAGAUCAUUCGGAAGGUCCAAGAGGUUCAGCAUCACUCGCUCCCUGGAUGACCUUGAGUCUGCAACUGUGUCUGAUGGUGAGCUGACGGGUGCAGACCUGAAGGACUGCGUGAGCAGCAACAGCCUGAGCAGCAAUGCCAGCCUCCCCAGCGUGCAGAGCUGCCGACGCCUGCGUGAGAGAAGGGUCGCCAGCUGGGCUGUGUCGUUUGAGCGUCUGCUACAGGACCCCCUGGGUGUCCACUACUUCUCCGAUUUUCUAAGGAAAGAAUUCAGUGAAGAAAACAUUUUAUUCUGGCAGGCCUGUGAAUAUUUCAAUCAUGUUCCUGCACAUGACAAAAAAGAGCUUUCCUACAGGGCCCGGGAGAUUUUCAGUAAGUUUCUGUGCAGCAAAGCCACCACCCCUGUCAACAUUGACAGCCAGGCGCAGCUGGCGGACGACAUUCUCAAUGCACCUCAUCCGGACAUGUUCAAGGAGCAGCAGCUGCAGAUUUUCAACCUGAUGAAGUUCGACAGCUACACGCGCUUCCUGAAGUCCCCGCUUUACCAGGAAUGCAUCCUGGCAGAGGUGGAAGGCCGUGCCCUCCCAGAGUCUCAGCAGGCCCCCAGCAGCCCCGCGUCCAAGCACAGCCUCAGCUCGGACCACUCCAGCGUGUCCACGCCAAAAAAGCUAAGUGGAAAGUCGAAGUCAGGAAGGUCCUUGAACGAGGAGCUGGGGGAGGAGGACAGCGAGAGGAGGCGGAGAGGCGCCUUCUUCUCCUGGUCGAGGACUCGGAGCACCGGGAGGUCCCAGAAGAAGAAGGAGCACGGUGACCUUGCAAACGACUCCCACAAUGCCAAUGGAGGCCCAUGCCGCCGAGAGUCCCAGGGCUCUGUAUCCUCUUCAGGGAGCCUGGACCUGUCAGAGGCCUGUAGGACCCUGGCACCCGAGAAGGACAAGGCUUCUAAGCACUGCUGCAUCCUCCUCCCAGACGGGACAUCCUGCGUAGUGGCCGUCAAGGCAGGCUUCUCCAUCAAGGAGAUCCUGUUGGGACUCUGUGAGCGGCAUGGCAUCAACGGGGCCGCUGUGGACCUCUUCCUUGUGGGCGGGGACAAGCCUCUGGUGCUACACCAGGACAGCAGCAUCUUGGAGUCGAGGGACCUGCGUUUGGAGACGCGCACCCUGUUUCGGCUGGACCUCGUUCCUAUUAACCGCUCAGUGGGACUCAAGGCCAAGCCCACCAAGCCCGUCACAGAGGUGCUACGGCCCGUGGUGGCCAAGUACGGCCUGGACCUCAGCAGCUUGCUCGUGAGGCUGAGUGGAGAGAAGGAGCCCCUGGACCUUGGUGCCCCCAUAUCGAGUCUGGAUGGACAGCGAGUCAUCUUGGAGGAGAAGGACACUUCUAGGGGGAAAGAUAAGCAGAAAGGUACGCCUGGCAAACAGCACAGCACAGCUGUGAAUUCCAGUUCCAGAAAUCACACGGCUACGGGCGAGGAGAGGACUCUAGGCAAGUCUAAUUCUAUUAAAAUAAAAGGAGAAAAUGGAAAAAAUGCUAGGGAUCCCCGGCUUUCAAAGAGAGAAGAAUCUAUUGCAAAGAUUGGGAAAAAAAAAUAUCAGAAAAUUAAUUUGGACGAAGCAGAGGAGUUUUUUGAGCUCAUUUCCAAAGCUCAGAGCAACAGAGCAGAUGACCAACGUGGGCUGCUGAGGAAGGAGGACCUGGUGUUGCCGGAGUUUCUUCGCUUGCCUCCUGGUUCCACAGAAAUCCCCCUCUCCACCCCAGCCGUGGCCCAGGGCAUUAGCAGGAGAAUCGCCUGGAGCAGCGGCAGGGAGACCUUGUCCCAGCCCAGUGAGGGACGGGUGUCCUCCCAAGACAGCAGCGACAGCCCCUCAACCAGCCCAGGCUCCGCCCACAGUCCGCCUGAACCCCCUGGGACGAUCCCAUCAGGGCCUAAGCCUCCCAGCGGGCCCCCCUGUACCCGCCAGCCCCCUCACUCACUCACACAGGAGGGUGCCACACAGAUCUGGAAGGGGCAGCCAUGGGAAGUGGAGGCCGGGGACAUCCAGACGGUGGAGGAUGGGCAGGGAGCUGACCUGACCCUGAUGGGGGAGGCCCCCAUCAGCAGCCCCAACACUGCGCUCCUGCCACCACCCCCUGCCCCCCAGGACUCGUCCGGACCUUCACAACCAGGUGGCUCUGGAGUAGGGCCCGUGUGCAGGGACACCAUGUCUUGUGGACCCGAGCCAGGCGAUGUGUGGAUUAGGGAGUCCCAGCUACGUCAGUGGUGUGCCCUGACCUCCACGUGUCACAGGCAUGUCUCCCAAUGGAAGCAUGAAAUUGAGCGUGUGUGAAGGUGAAGUGUGGUCUGGAAGCAGAGAUAUUCCCAUGACCCGCAGAUACUAGGGAUGGAGAUGAGAGUACCAACAUACUAAUGGCGGCCAGCAGGGCAAGGUGGUUCCAGGACCCCGAGUGCUAUGGCCUGUGUGGCUGUCUCUCAAGUGAUAGCCAGGUGUUCAGGGCAUGGGUCAUAGACGCUCGCAGCUGUGGACGUUACGUUAUGAUCUGCCAUUGGGGGUGCAAAAUCAUCCUGCUCUUCCCGUGCAGUCUGUCCUGCCACAGGGUCAGCUCUUGCCGGACUUAUCGCCCAGACCUUGACAGGGGACAGGGAAGGCAUGUUUCAGUGUACAGCCUGUAUAUCUGUACAUUUCUACUGGGUGGGGGGCCCCGGGUCCUUUCCCAGUGAGCAGCGCUGGGAUGCAAGACCCAGUUGUGGAUGCCGCCCUGUGCCUCUGCCCCCCGGCUGUCCCUCACCUGUCCCCCGCCUGCUCCCCUCUGUAGAUGCCCAUGCGUCACUCCCACCUGUGUUUUCUGUCUGUUUUUCUGAGAGUAAUAAACUCUAGACCUCAUCACUGGA